ACGCAACUGUCGAAUUAUUGACAUAUAGAAAAUAUUUAUCAAUUAUUUGCGUAGAAUGGGCAAUUUACUACUUUAAAAACGUCAAUACUCUAAAAAUAAAAAAUACUCAUCCGUUUAACAUUCAUUUUCUGAAAGACACAGCAACAAUUUAAACGAAGAAUGGCAGCUCCUUGUGACUGGCAAACUGUAAGGAAAACGGUAAAAGAAAGGGGGCAGUAUCUUUUAGAAGCAGGUAUAUGGAGUGAUUGUCGGUUUAUAGUCGGCACAGAGCCCCAUCAACAAGUAUUUGAGGGGCACAAAUUAUUUCUAGCCAUGUCAAGUCCUGUUUUUGAAGCAAUGUUUUAUGGAGGAAUGCCUGAAAAAGACCCUAUAGCUAUCCUAGAUGUUCAGCCUGAUGCUUUUAGAGCUUUACUAGAAUACAUCUACACAGACCGCAUAAACCUUUCAUCAUUUGAUCAAGCUUGUGAAUUGUGUUAUGGAGCAAAAAAGUAUAUGCUUCCUCAUUUAGUGGAAGAAUGCACCAAGUAUUUGUGGUCCGAUUUAUAUCCAAAGAAUGCAUGUCGUGCCUAUGAAUUUGCAAAACUCUUUGAAGAACCUGUAUUAAUGGAAAAAUGCUUAAAUAUAAUCUGCAACCAAACUGUUGAAGUCCUUUCAGAGAGCAGUUUUGAUGAUGUAGAAUUCAGCACCAUAUUGACAGUAUUUGAUCAGGAAUCAUUAAACAUAAACUCGGAGUUGGAUUUGUUUAAUGCUAUCACUAGAUAUGCAAAUCGACAUAGUCAGAGUUCAGGUGCGAAAGUACCUAGACUAGAUGGUAUAGGGUCUUCUACAAGUAACACUGAAGGAAAUACACGAUAUCCAACAUUCAAAGAUGCAAUAAUGAAAAUAAGAUUCUUAACUUUAACACCUAAAGCCUUCGCCGAAGGCCCUGCCUCAUCUACUCUUUUAACAGAGUCGGAGAAAUUUGCCAUACUAAUGAACAUCUCAUCAUCUUCAGCGACGGUACCCAUGCCUUCUGGUUUCUCAACCUCCAGACAGCAUAGACAAAAGAAAAGCUCCACGAUGAAUCAACGAAACGAUCCCAUGUACAAUUCUCUGUAUAUGGGUAAUCCAGCAAUGGACACAUCCAGAACGUCCAUGAUACAAUACCAGCCUGGUAUGAACGUUUUUUCCGAAGAGGGUAGCAACGAAAAUUCCAACAAAUACUAUUGUACGCGAGAAAUGCUCCGUGUCACAGAAUGUAUGAACACUAGCGUCCUGGACUGUGCUGUCACGUUUACAUGCGACAAAAACAUUUGCGUAUUUGGUAUACAGGUUCCAGCUCAGACAAUAAUUGAGGAAGAUAGGCAAGUGGCAGUUGGGGCAUCUUAUGCAGAACUUUUAUAUGCGCAUUUACUGGAUGCAGAUGGAAGUCGUUUAACUUAUACACACUUCACCAGUAGAGUCAAUUAUCGAUCUUUGAUCAAUAUAUCAUUCAACAGACCCAUAUACAUUCAAAAGAACAAGGUUUAUAAGGUGGGUGUUGUGCUUCACAAAAUGGGAUGGUAUACAAUUGGUACAUAUACCCUUCAAUCGACGUGUAACGGAGUCGUUUUUACGUUUGGUCAGGGACAGAAUUGUGACUCAGUUCGCGACGGUCUAAUACGUUCUAUAAUCUUCUCUGUACCGUCUUCAAAUCAGAAUAAUAUGAGUAAUUGCUCUGUCUGUGCUAUACCUGGAGUUCCCGUUUAGUAUUUGAUAAUAAAAACGAGACGUUCGACUGAAGUAGGUAUUUACAAUGUCUCAACAUAAAAAUCUCUGUUAGAAAAAAAAGUAAAAAUUAUUUAUCAUUUUUUGAUAUUCAAUUAAAAGUUUUACUUCAAUA